UGAUGCUGCUCUAUCACUACUACUACUACUCCUACUAUUGCAUCCUCGUCGUCGUCGUCGUCGUCAUCGUCACAAUUAUUGAAAUUGGAACCAAGAAAAAUAUGGCCGCGCUUAGGAAGCAUGCUUCUUUUUUUCUUUCCAAUUCACUUUUAAGAACAAUAAAUUCACUUGAAAAUACAUUAACGGGAAUAACACUGAUAGUCACACGGGGAAAGAAAAGAAUAGUUCCCGUCAAAAAGGUCACUAUCGAAUCAACACGAGUGUCUCUUGCUUCAAAAGGAUUUCUGCGUAAUUACAAAGAAUACCAUCCGGCUGAAGAUGUUUCUGAACGACUAAAUGUUUUGUGCGAAGAAAAUGGAAUUGCAAUAUUAAAUGAUACACAACUAACAGAUAGAAUUAAACGUUUUAAUUUACUAGUUUGUUGCGAAGAAGAAUUUCAGCACACAAUACCAAAUUCUUUACUAUGCUCUAUUGAAACAAUAGGUGAUUUGAGAAAUUUUUAUGAAACUCCAGUAAAUACAACAACGCCUCUUGAUUCACUUCAAACUGCAGAUUUACCAAAAAAUUUACAUGUGAUUUACGAUUAUAAUCGCUUCCAUCCAGAAACUGACACAAAGUUUGAUGGUAAAACUGCUUUUCCAAUGAGCUCUACAAUAGUAACAGGUUUAAAAUACAAGAAAAAAUAUCCUGGUCAUAAGCAAAAGUUAACACUUUAUGAGAAAGACGUGUUAGACUUAUAAUAAUUUUGAGCUUUAUUAAUUUCGGUAUUAUUGUAAUAUAAUGUUGUACAAAAAAAAAAAAUAAAUAAAAUUCAAACUACAAAAUUCA